UUCCUAUGCAUCAUUUCUAUUUCCCGCUUUCUCAUGUAGUUAAUCAAUGGCAGAAUCCAAGGCAGAAUUCAAGGACUAGCUUGCUUUGUUGUUGAAUGCUGGAAGUAUGCGGACCAGGCUACCGUUCUCCUCCAUCUCCUCCAUCCUGUUCAACCAUCAUGAGGUUCUGGCCAGCUUACUGGCCCACGUCACUUGCAGUCGUCUGAGAAGAGGUAUUUACCAAAUUAUGCGCUCGCUGCUGAAAGAAUCGAGUGAUUGGCCUUUAGUCUGCGCUGCUGUGUUCUGCUGGCGGGUGUUGGGUUGGGCAUUGUCCUGGUUGGUGCAAGUGGAAUCCAAUAGGAGGGGAUGGAAUGGGCUUUGCCGCAAUUAUGCAGCCGGGCUCAGGCGCUUGGGGCGAGACUUGGGUGGUUGGAGGAGGCAAUGGCAUGGAGGUUCUGGAGAAAAGAGUUCUUAUAGCUUGACUUCCCCCUCAUAUCCCCACCCCCGAUUCUCUUGCUUUGGCGUAGGAGUGAUCAUGAGGGAUUUCGAUGUGCCUCUUGCCUUCUAUAUAAUAAGUACCGCUGUUAUAGAAGGGGUUGACACAAUUUGCCGCCUUGCCUAUACCUGGUGUUGAUCUACGACGCCCGUGUUAUAUCUAAUAACACCCAGAAUUUAUAGCUAAAGGGAAGAAUUUAUCACAAUGAAUGCGUCCAACUUCGACACAAGAAACAGAGGGGGAAGUCUUGCAGGGCAAGAAAGAACAAUGCAGUCCUCAUCCUCGACUUCCGAGCGAAUAAAAACUCGCAACCGCGCCCAAAGAAGAUCUUUCAAAAAAGGUAAAAAUAACAAUGCAGUGCGUGAUAAUAACACCUCUAUAGCACCAACCAACAGCCCGGCAUCUGUUCAAUACCCCCCUGACAUCUCUUCUCCAGCGCAGAGAACUGGUGACUGGAAUUGGAGCAGACCCAGCAACGCAUUAAGCUCUAUAGACCAAGUGCAAGGUCGUCUCAGGAGAGAACUGAUGGAUCUACAUUUCCCGCCAUUGGUACCUAUUCCAGUAGAGGUACAUGCUUCGUCAGUUCCUCUAGCUAGAAGGACGGUGGAACGACCGAAGCAACCUCCUGCGUCAUUACUAGCCCCUGAACAGGCCCCUAAACAGGCCCAUGACAUGACAUACAGACGUGAUGAUGGUUCGUCCCUAGCUGUCAGCGAGACCGCUACUGCGGAACUAGCGCAAGAGCUGGGCCCUAGUAACAUCGAAGCGACCCCUGAAUAUAUGCUGCACUUGAAUGCCCUCAUUGCCAAACCAAGGACUCUCAAGGAGGCUGGAUAUGUUCUCAACCCACUUUCAACUAAGGACUUUGAACAAAAGAAAAGAUGCCGUGGGUGCGGCACGACAAUGGCGAAAGUUAUGCGCCCGAGAGAGAGAGCGGUGCAGAAGAGGGAGAAAUCCAAGGAUCACCCAAUAAAAUCGGACUAUAAUGCUAGUGAGAAGAAAGACUCCUCGCAGAAGGAGAAGGGUGAUGGCAAAUGUGAGGACGAUGAGACCAAAACAACACCGAAGAAGAAGAUUAUACCCUGCAAGUUCCAUCCAGGUCCACCGGUGUGGAAUAGGCAAGGAAAGAUAUGGUCGUGUUGUCGCCAACCCAUGUCCGCAGAUCCUUGCAGCGGUGCUGAGCAGCAUAUCGCUCGCUAUUAUCUUCCUGGGGAAAUUCAGAGACUCUGGCAGUUCCAUCCUACUCCACGGACACCAAAUAUGUCCUCUCCAGAUACCCGUGCCGCGGUCGCUAUUGACUGUGAAAUGGGUCAGGCAGCGUCAGGAGAUUCCGAGCUCAUCCGGGUUACGCUGAUAGAUUACUUCUCAUCGGCUGUGCUUAUUGACAGUCUCGUAUAUCCAACCGUGAAAAUGGAGCACUACAGGACGCGAUUCUCCGGCGUCAGUAGACGUGAUAUGGAAACUGCGAUGAAGGAGGGGAGUUGUAUUAUGGGAAGAGACAUGGCUCGAUUCACCGUGUGGAGAUACGUUGGACCUCAGACGGUUGUUGUUGGGCAUUCGGCUCAUAAUGACUUGGAGUCAUUGCGUUGGAUCCAUUCUAAGGUCAUUGAUACGCAUAUUAUCGAAUCCCUAUUGGAAAAGGAAAAGAAGUGCGAAUCUAAAAAGGAAGGCGAUAAGCCCGAGGAGGAUGGCAAGGAAACAGCUGAGAAAGAUGAAGCGACACCUCUAACCGAGGAGUCUGGCGGAAAUGAACAUGAAGCUGAACAUCAACUAGAUGAAGACGAAGAGUCGAAUGCAAAUACAAGCAGCAAAGGACCGAAGAAAUCACCCAAUUCAGGGGCAAGACCUGACGAAAGCGCCCCUGACAAGGGCAAGCAGGGGCCGCCCAAGAAGAGAAAUAAAGGAAGUGGUAAAUUGUCCCUCAAGACUCUUGCUAGAGAGAGACUGGGACGGGAUAUUCAAAAUGCAGGGAAUAAAGGUCAUGAUAGCCUGGAGGAUGCGCUUGCAGCCCGAGAUCUGGUCCACUGGCAUAUUGUAAAUCGGGGGAGGGUUGGAUUGGACGACGGGUAGAAAGGGAUACAGUAGCUUAGUCUUCGCUGCGGAGUUAGGCGACUAUGGCAUACGAUCCGUAUUUGUGACUACUUUGAUACAGAGAUAGACAGCCUGACAUGUCACAUUAUCUGCAAGUUUUUCCUCAUGGCACAUAAACACAUCGAUAGGCCUUAAAAAAAGAAUAAAGAACAAAAGAAGAAAAAAGAAGAAAAGAAAUCCAAUACCGUCGUAUGGUAGAAAUCAUCUCCAGGUGGCGUUGUUCUUUUGAGGCCUACAAUGCAGCUUUGGCCAAUAUUGUAGGGUUUCUGUGGCCCCAAUGCACAUUUAAUUGGUUGUAUGUAUAUAGGUCUCAGAGCGUUG